AUGGAAGCUUCAAUAUCUGUAGUCGCAGGUGAACUAGUGAGUCGUUUCAUCUCCUUCCUGAUGAACAAGUACCACUCCUCCUUGAGCCAUGCACAGUCAGAGGAGAAGCUGGUGGAGAGAUUGCAGAACCUCCUGAUGAGAGUCAGCAUGAUCGUUGAGGAAGCAGAUGCUGGGAUGUUGUUACAGCUCAAGAUACUCUCAGAGGCCAUGUACAAAGGAUACCGCGUGCUGGACACCUUGAGGUACCAAAACCUCCAAGACAGUGCAGGCAUUAACGAGGUUAGCAUCAACGACUCAUCUAGCAGCAGCUUGUACUUAUCUAUUCCUGUCAAGCGUUCUCGAACAAAAGCUGAGAAGGAUGAGAAGGCCAUGCGCCUCGAGUAUGGUGCCUUGAAAAGCUUAGAAAUUGUUGUUGCUAACAUGGCAGAAUUUGUAGUGCUUCUGGGUGGAUGCGAGCACAUGUCUCGUAGGCCAUAUGAUGUUUAUCUUUACACAAAAAACUUCAUGUUCAGCCGACAUGCUGAAAAACAAAAGCUCUUGAGCUUCUUGUUGGAGCACAAGAACCCUCCUGGUGAUCAUGCGCCGGCAGUUCUUCCGAUCAUAGGUGGUUUUGGAGUUGGGAAGAAAACAUUGGUUGCUCAUGUGUGUGGCGACGAAAGGGUUCGGUCACGCUUCUCUAUUUUGCACUUGAAUGGAGAUAGACUCUUAACAAUACUUGACCAUGGAAGGACCAUGUCUGGGACGAUGUUGGUAGUUAUUGAGUUUGCUUCUGAUGUAGGUGAAGAUGAUUGGAAAAAGUUUCACUUGUUUCUCAAUAGAAUGAGCGGUGGAAGCAAGACCAUCAUUAUAAGUAAACUUAAAAGAUUAGCCCGGUUUGGAUCUGUGAAUCCUAUUUUCCUAGGUGUUUUGUCUUACGAUGAGUUGAGGUACCUUUUCAAGACACUGGCAUUCGAUAGCGCAGACCCCGCAGAACAUCCACGACUAGUACAAUUAGCAGAUGAGUUUGCCAAGGAGUUGAACAGUAAGCAAGGUUCACUUGUCGCAAUAAAUACAUUCGCAUAUGCGUUGAGAAUGAACCUCAGUGUUCAGUUUUGGCGUUGCUUAUUUGACAAGGGGGUAAGAUACGUUAAAAGAAACCUCUCCAUACAUGGUGUACACCCAAGUAUGCUUAUAGAACAAGGCCAUCCAGUGGACAUCACGGACUUCGCCUUGCAUCCACUUACCAUGACAAGUAAUGUUCAAAUCAAGGAGGAAUCACCAAGUGUGACAUUGGUGGAACUUCUGGCAGAUCCUAGUGUUACACCGGAAGGAGACUUCCAUCUAGUUGCAUGGGAAUCAAGGAUACCGCCUCAUAAAUCAUUUGUUCAUUUUGUUACAAGUCGUGCUCAGAAUACACAUGAAGGUAGUAGUGCCUUGCCAGGGAGGAAGCGACGAGGAGUGCCGAUCUAA